AUGGCCCUGCUUCUGAAAAGAGUCUAUAAAGGAAGUUUCUGGUUGCUCAAUGACUUGUCAGAUGAAAGAACUAAGAACACUUGGUUAGCUUCACCUACUACCGUAGUGGCCAUUCUAGGAAUAUACCUGUCAAUUGUCCUUCACCUUGGACCAAAAUUGAUGGCUCAUAGAAAACCGUACAAUCUUAAGACUUUGAUGAUUGUCUAUAACUUGGUGCAAAUCUAUUUGAACUUGAAAUUAGUUUAUGACGCUCUCAUCCAUUUCCUAGGUGACCAAAAUUUCAACUUGUUAUGUUGGCCCGUGGAUACUUCGAAAACGCCAAGGGCAAUGAAAACCACAGAAAUUGUUUCCUAUUUCUUCAUAUUGAAGAUGAUAGAUUUACUGGAUACAGUGAUCUUCGUACUUCGCAAGAGCUACAAACAGAUCAGCUUCUUGCAUUUGUACCACCAUGCUGGCAUGAUAAUGGCAACAUGGAUAACAUAUCGUUAUCUUCCUGGAGGACAUUCCGUAUUCGUAGGACUGGUCAACUGUCCAGUGCAUGCAAUCAUGUUCGCCUAUUAUCUAGGUACCAUCAUCGACAAUAAAUGGGGAAGAUCUGUGAUCUUCAAGAGGAGUCUCACCCAACUACAGUUGGCACAAUUCACAUUUUUCGUGUUCGUGUAUGGAGCUGUGGUACUGAAUCCAGCUUGCACAUUUCCAAAGAUUCCUACUUAUCUUUUCCUAUGCCAAAAUAUCUUCAUAACAUUAUUGUUCGCCGACUUCUAUAGGAAAACGUAUGUGGGGCAAAAAUAUGAUAACAAACUGAAACUUGAGAAGGAGAGUCGAUGA